AUGCCUUCAACAAACUCCACUUCCAGUAAUGCCUACACCACCUACUUCGUCCCCGGCUACUCCAUAUCCCGACACAUAAUGUUCACCCAUAUACAAUACCAUCUCGGUCCUUAUGUCUCCGUGCGACCAUUCACCUACCAGCAGAGGGAGGGGUAUCUGAUCAGUAACCCCGGCAGUGCCUUGACCAAGAGCCAGAUAGAAGACCUUCAAUACAUGUCCCGGCAAUACGAGCAGCAAGAGGCCGAAAGAAUGAUAAGAGCGAGCGGAGCUCUAGACAGGGCUGAUGUUUACAUCAAUCGACCGAUACCGGUCCAGCAACGGUAUGGACACUGA